AUGUUAAUAAUUGCCAUUGUACUUGGCUAUGUCACCGAAGCAAAUUUACCAUGGUGGGGUUUAUUAAUGGCAAUAGGCUUGGCAAUGAUUAUGGUAUUACCAAUUGCCAUUUCUAAUAAUCAAGUAGGACUUAAUGUAAUUACUGAGAUGAUAUGUGGCUAUGUUCUUCCUGGACGUCCAAUUGCCAAUGUUUAUUUCAAAUGUUAUGGAUAUAUGGCAAUGUAUCAAUGUUUGCUUUUGGUUUCAGAUUUAAAACUAGGACAUUAUAUGAAAAUACCACCUAGAUCGAUGUUUUUUGCUCAAUUGUGGGGUACAGUUGUUGGUGGAUUUAUUAACUUCUGGGUAUUGAAACUUAUCAUUUAUGCAAAACGACCUUUUCUUGAUGGAACAUUAAAAGAUCCAACUGAUCCAACUGGUCAGUGGACAGGUUACCAUUCACAAGUCUUUAAUACUGCGUCCAUUGUAUGGGGAUUAAUUGGGCCUGCAAGAACUUUUGGUUCAUUAUAUCACCCAUUAUUAUGGGGUUUUUUAAUUGGAUUCUUAGCCCCGGCACCAUUCUACCUAUUACAUAGAAAAUUUCCAAAAGUCAGAUUCGAUUUGGUGAACGUACCAUUGAUUUGUAGCGGACUACACCUAUUACCUGGAUGGUGGACAAAUGCUGCACAAAUUGUGACAAUGGUUAUAUUUUUUUGUUUGAAUGGUGUUAUUAAAGUACCAUUUCCUGAAUGGUGGGGUAAUGAUCAAGGUUCACAAGGAAAUGGUACUUUAAUAACACCAUUCAAACAAAAAAAUAUAACCAUUGUCACAAUUUGUGCAGCACUAUCGAAUGAAGCCGACAUCACGUAG